CAAGGCGCAGGCACUCAUUCUCCGUUGUACGUCUGGAGGCGGUAGUUGUGAGUGCUCUGAAUGGUGCCAUACGGAAGAAAACGGAACAGUAAAAUUAGGACGAAAUAAAAACUAAUGGGAACAUUGACAGAAACAUCCUAGCCUCUCACUGAAGAUAAUGGGCACUGUUAGCAUUCUUUAUAUGUUGAAAACGGAAAUUCUCGCCAUAUUUUUGAGGUGGCGUGUGUGCUGUAUGGCGAGCUCAACAUGGCGCUGCAAUGCAUAACCAAACUGAAUUAGUUUAUUGAGACCUACGACCGUUGUUGUCACCUGUGCUCCUUGAAACAUUCACGACAACGAUUCAUUUGGUGUAUUUUUACUAAUGGAUAUAUUUACUGGGGGCAGAAACGUAGCCUAUCACUGCUACUCCGUGGAUGAGGUCGUUCAUUGUCGCCUACUCGUCUUUCCCGGAUUUUUACCAACUGGAAAUGUAUAAAGACUAAGGAUGUUUUCGUAGUCUAAUCUUACCGACAUGUCAUUUAACAAGCACAACAUUGUCACCCCUGUUUGCUGUAAAGUUAAAUUACAAAAGUGAUAUUUCCCCUGACGCACGAACUCUCGUCGGGUCGUUUUGACUGACUCGUGGAGCCUAGAGAACACGGCCAAAAAGUUCCAACUGGACAUUUUGUGUUUUGGCCAAGGACAAUCGAAAUUAGAGAAAUUAUUCUGGGAUUUCUAUCAGGAUUGUACCAGUGAGGGAUGGUGGGAGGCAGACUACCCAUGUGGACCUAACCAUCCAGGAACCACCACAUCACACAAAGCAUGGUGGAUGCGAGUGCUGCUUGCAGAAUGAACCCGCUAGCUGCCCUGGGCAUGGACCGUAGCAGCCUGAUGAGGGAGAGCCUCCGUGUCCACGGAGGGAUGGUCUACCCGGGCAUUCGCACCCUGUCCGCCUCCGAAAAAGCCAGGGAGGGGGUCUCCUCCUUGCCCCUGGGCUAUGACCUUGUCUACAAACCUGAAGGGUUGACCUUGGACAGCAGGAAGCCUGGUAACGGUUACGUGGGUCUGUAUAAGAGCUCUCCCCCCGGGUUGCAGAGGCCUGGUGGAGGAGGGGAGGGCCUGGGGAUGGAGCGGCGUGUGGGGCCUGGAGAUAAACCCUCUGAGCUGGGCCUCAACGGCAGCAACGGCUUCCUGCGACUGCCCUGGGCAGUAAACCCGUACGCUGACCCCGGACUGUACCCCUUCCUGGACUCCUCCAAAUACGCAGCCCUCAACAUGUACAAGGCCUCGUUCCUGUCCCAGCCCUCACCCUACCUGCCCCAGCACCUGGCCUACCAGUCCCUGUGUGGAGGGGCGGGGGGUACCGCUGCUGGGGCAGAGCGCCUCUUCUACAUGCCCCCGUACCCCCCGGCCCCCAUCUCCUCCCCCCUGGCCCCUCCUAUGAGGAUCCCCAUGGCCACGGUGGUCCCCAACACCCUCUCCCCGAUGCAGGGCCUGGGGCCCCGGAUCCACCACGAGUCCUCCCCCUACGGGUCCCAGCUUCACCAGCAGCACCAGGCCCACCAGCAGUCCCAACCCCAUCACCAGUCACAUAGUGACAGGCAGCCCCAGUCCCAACCCCAUCACCAGUCACAUAGUGACAGGCAGCCCCAGUCCCAACCCCAUCACCAGUCACAUAGUGACAGGCAGCCCCAGCCCCAGUCCCAACCCCAUCACCAGUCACAUAGUGACAGGCAGCCCCAGUCCCAGUCUCAACCCCAUCACCAGUCACAUAGUGACAGGCAGCCCCAGUCCCAGUCUCAACCCCAUCACCAGUCACAUAGUGACAGGCAGCCCCAGUCCCAACCUCAUCACCAGUCACAUAGUGACAGGCAGUCCCAACUCCAUCACCAGUCACAUAGUGACAGGCAGUCCCAACCCCAUCACCAGUCACAUAGUGACAGGCAGUCCCAACCCCAUCACCAGUCACAUAGUGACAGGCAGUCCCAACCCCAUCACCAGUCACAUAGUGACAGGCAGCCCCAGUCCCAACCCCAUCACCAAUCACACAGUAGAGACAGGCAGUGCCAGUCCCAACCCCAGUCCCAUAGUGACAGGCAGCACAACAACAGCAGCAGUAGUAAGCCCAGCCGGACUUCCUCUAGUAAGAGCUCUGGCAGCAGCAUUCACAACAGUAGCAGUAUUACCAGUAGUAGCAGUAGUAGUGCUGGGACUGGCAUUAGCAGCAGCCUACCAGUGGACUCCACCCAAGCACUUAUAAUGCAGUCCUCCCGCACAGCCCCCCACCCUCCCCAGACCUCAGUCCCUCCCCCCUCUCCUCUCAUAGACAACAGCACUUUGGACAUCCAGAAGUCACUGUUCAGAAGCCCCCCCUGCUCCACCACCACCACCACCUCUUCCUCCUCGUCGGUGUCCCAUCCUUUCUACAUGAGCAGCAUGGCCUCUGAGCACCGCUCCCCGGUGCGGUCCGGCAGCAACACCCACAAAGCCAAACCCAAAGAGCAGGGCAGCAGCUCAGAGCACAGGAAUGUGGAGAGGAAUGGGGAAAGGAAGCGGAGCCAGUCCCCUUUAAAGACUUUGUCCUCUGAUAGACCAGCAGUACUACAGGCUCCUGCCAAAGACCCUGCGGACAAGCCUCUGGAUCUGUCAGCCAAAAUCCUGGAGCUGGAAGGCUCCCCCAACGGAUUCCCCCCAAAACUAGAGGCCUUGGCUAAGCUGGGCUACUCGCCCGCGGCUCGAUACGGCUUACCCCCCAGCCGGGAGCUCCUCAAAGAGACCCUCUCCCCGUCAGGGGCUUCCUCCAAAACCCCUGAGAGGCCUGAGAUCAUUAGCACUUUACGCUCCUCCUGGGUGGUGCCCAGCCCGACCCCGGUCCACGACAGCUCCAGCUCAGACGCCAACCACAACAAAGACCCCUCCGUCAUCAAACAUAAAAACCUGGAGAAACUUUCUUCGCCCCAGCAGCGAAGCUCUUCCUGUCCCAGGAUAGGUGAGGUCGAUGGGGCUGUCGUCCCCAGCCAUGCCCCAGCUGUGGUAGCUCCUUCUGGGAGCCGACCGUCCUCUGCCUCCCCCUCUCCCAAGGUCAACGGUGAUUGGCCAAGAUCCUCCCCCAACUACUCGGAGACAGCCCCUUCUUCCAACAGAGUGGGCAGCCAUCCCUCUUCUGGGAAGCCAUUGAAACCCCUCAAGAAACCAGAGGCUCAGGAGAUGCCCUUCAAACCCCAGCAGCCGCCCCACUUAGACAACAGCCAUCCGUCCGGCCACCCCCCCAGCCACCUCUACCUCCCCCAGAGUGACGGCUAUCUGCCCCCUAGCCUAGCCUACGCUAACAGAUACCUGCCCUACUCAGUCCAGGAGAGCAUGUCCCUGCCCCACAUGCCCAUGCCAGGCAAAGGCCCAGUGUACCCCCACCCUGUUCUGCUGGGCAGCAGCAGCCUGUACCCACCCCGCUUGCCCCCCAAGCACGGCCUCCCGUACGGCAUCCCCCCCAGCCACGGGGACUACCUGACCUUCCAUGACUCCCAGGAGAUGGUCCACCCCCUCAUGUCCUCCCCCCACACAGGCCUGGACCUCAAGACCAGCGAGCGGCUGCAGGAGCUCAGGUCCAAGCCCAAGGAGAAGGUUUGGCAGCACCACGAGGACUCUGCCCUGGCCUACAAGAGCCAGACCCAGGCCUCAGACACUAAACACACCCGCAGGGGGGACAGAGAGACCGACAGGUCCACAGGCCUGGGCUCAAAGAGCUUCAACCACAAGCCCCUGACGGGAGCUAGAGAGGAGAUAGUCUGUAUCGACUUAAUCCAAGACGAUGGGGACAGCGACUCUCCCCUGACCAAAGCUGUCUCUCCAUGUGCUAAGAGAGGAGACCCCUCCAAACCUGUGGGUAGUGGGAGUAUCGGGAGAAACGAGGGGAGAGAGGCAGAGCUCCAGCACAUGCUCCGUACCGGCCAGGCUGUUGAACUCAGGCCAGGCCAGGCCCACAGGCAGGCAGAGCAGCAGCAGCAACGCAGCCAGCUGUGGCUGGGCUUCCACCCUUCCUCCCUCCGUCCCUCUCCCCCCUCCCUCUCCCCCUGCCCUUUCCCCAGACGUGAGGAGGACAGCCCCAGCCCUGCAGGGAGCAGCCCCAUCUCUGACCUGCCAGAGGAGCAGACCCUUCGCUGCGCAAGGACUUCUGGAGACCGCACCUCUUGGGACCGUAGAGAGCAAUCUUUAGAGGGCUUUAAGAGCAGGGACUGUACUUUUGAGGACCCCACCUCUGUGGACCGUAGUUCUGGGGACCGCAGUUCCUGGGACCAUACACGUGUGGAUCGUACAUGUAGGGACCGCUCUUGCGAGGACCGCACCUCCGCAGACCACUCUCCUAGGGAACACACCUUGAACGAAUCUGGGUUUAGGAAUGAAAGGACCAUGGACCACUACUCGGACCUGGACAAGGACAUGCACACGGACACAGAGUCCCACGAGGGUGAGGAGUACGACGACCAAGGCUGCCCCAGGGCCAGGAGGUCCAGCCUGGCCAAGCGCAUCGCUAACUCCUCUGGCUACGUUGGUGACCGCAUCAAGUGUGUCACCACCGAGCUGUACGCCGACUCCAGCAAGCUGAGCAGAGAGCAGCGGGCACUGCAGAUGGAAGGCUUAACACAAGAGGACAGUAAAUUAAGUCAACCUGCUGCUUACUGUGAGCGUGCUAUGCUGCGCUUCUCUGAGCUGGAACUGAAGGAGAAGGAGGGAGGAGGGGCGGCGGUGGACUUGGCAGACAGCCAGUGCGAGCGGAGAGAGGGGGAUGGAGGAGAGGACAGGGCGCGCUGCCAAGGCCCAGCCAGAACGGGGCCAGGGGCCACAGCCCUCACAGACGAGGCUGAGAAGGACGGUGUGCAGCCGACGUGCCCCAACAACAGAGUGCCUGUUCUCCAGCGAUGCCCACACACCGAGGACCUCCCACCCAGAGAGAGGGAGCAGGCUGGCCCCGACCUGGAGGAGAGGAAGAGGGGGAUGAUGAUGGAGAAAGAGGAGAGGGUGUGUAUGCUCCCACAGGAGCGGUCUGCCAGCCUGCCCACGGCCCCAGUGGAAAGGCUGGCCCAGAAGGAUGCCAACCCUGGCUUCAUGCCCACCAUGCCAGCCUCCAUGCCCACCGCGGUGCCUGGCAGGAAACACGCAUAUGCCCUGGAACCGUGCCAGCCACUCCAGGCCGACAGCCAGGGGAAAGAGCGGGAGGAAAAUGAGAGAGAAGAGAUGGAGGAGACGAUGGAUGUUCCAGCCAAAAGAGCCAGGCUAACAAACGGACCCACUGAGCCCGUCCCAGAGGAGCUAAAGAACCUCAAGGUGUGUAUCGAGCUGACCGGCCUCCGACUCAGCAAGCCCCGCCUCGCCCAGGAGCUCAGCCAAUGGCAGGCAGCCACCCAGAGGUCGACAGAGGUCAACGGAAGCAUCGCCAUGACGACGACCAUGCCCAACGGGUGCCCCGAGGUUGGCGUCAAAGACAGGAAGGUUGCUUCACAGGAAGACCGGAGCCUGAAACGCAGGUCAGAGGUCAACGGCCACGCCUGGUGCCACAAAACGUUUGGUCACGGUGACAUCGAGCGAGUGGUGCUGCCAUCUGUUCCUCUGACCCCAGCGCAUCGGGACCGCCUCUCCCGGACCCCGUCCAACACCCCUGUCAGAAGACCACCCCUCCAGACCAACAUCCCUGCCCUCACCCCCUUUCACUCCCUGGCCCCUGCACACCCCCACAUCACCCUCACCCCCAGCCCUCCACGGCUGUCAGACAAGAGACAGAGGCUAAAAGAACACUGCAGGACCAGUGCUCUGGGACUGGGAUCCCCCCACCUCGGCCCUCACCCCGACCAUGACCCCAACCCAACGGGGGACCUGUUGGCCCCCAGACUCCGUCGGCACGGCGACCAGGACAAGCCCAAGGGCAAGCGGCAGUGCAAGACUAAACACACCAGGGAGAGGCUGGGGCUGGGGAAUGAAGAACUGAGGGAAGAGAGGGAGAAUAAGCAGGUCAAGGAAAAGCACUGCAGCGAGAAGCGGAGGAGGUCUUCAUCCCUGUCGGAUUACUCCCACUCCUCCCCCGCCCCCCCUCUCACCCCGCCCCCCCAGCUCAGCCCUCUGCCCAGCCCUCCAGAGACCCAGGACCGCACGCCAACCCCCUCCAACCCCCCGGUGCCCACCUCUACCCCUGCCAGCCGCUCCAUGCCUCCCGAGGCCCGCAGGCUCAUCGUCAACAAGAACGCAGGAGAGACCCUGCUGCAGAGGGCUUCCCGCCUAGGAUACGAGGAUGUAGUGCUGUACUGCCUGGAGAACAGGGUGUGUGACGUCAAUCACCGUGACAACGCGGGCUACUGUGCGCUGCACGAGGCAUGUGCACGUGGCUGGCUUGCUAUCACUCAGCACCUGCUGGAGCACGGUGCCGACGUCAACUGUAGCGCCCAGGAAGGCACCAGGCCCCUCCAUGACGCCGUAGAGAAUGACCAUCUGGAAGUGGUCCGUCUGCUGCUGUCCUACGGAGCUGACCCCACCCUGGCUACAUACUCUGGCCGCAGCCUCCUCCGCAUGACCCACUCCCCCGGCAUGGAGGGAUUCCUCUCUGAGUAUUUUUCCGACCUGAAGGGGCGUGAAGACACUGACGAAGGCAUCUACUGGGAGUUUUACGGCAGCGCCGUGUGUGAGUCAAGUGAGGACCCAGCAGCCUAUGACAUCCUGGCUAACCCCCCAGGCCCAGGAGAGGAGGAGGAGGAGGACACGAGGCAGGGGUUUGAGUUUGAGUUCUCUGACCGACCCCUCCUGCCCUGCUACAACAUUCAGCUCUCCCUCUCACAGGGUCCCAGAAACUGGCUGCUCCUAUCAGACGUCCUGAAGAGACUCAAAAUGUCCUCCAGGGCGUUCAGGGCAGCCUUCGCCAAUCUGGAGGUAGCAACCAUCGCCGAGGCAGAGUUCUACAAGCAGGCGUCACUGUCGCAGCUCUUCUCGUGCCCCGACGAGCUCGCCGCCUUCCUCCCCGACAGCAAGGAGCUGCUGGACCUGGUUGAGACCAGCUCGGAGCUGGCUGCGCUGCUGGGCUCCUCGCUAGAGUGUUUGGACAACCGAUGGGAGCCCAAAGGGGCCCGGGUCAAAGCUAAAGCCCGCUCGUGACCCUGAGAUACACACACAGAGGGUGACUCAAUAAGAUCUACUUUCUCCUGAAGUGGGCACUCCUUCACUAGUUCCCACAAAUCUGGUGCAGUUAUUUGGCUAGUGGUAGUUUUCCACCAUAUUUCUUAUACCAGUCCUUUCCUUUCAAAUCAGUGAAGGGAAGUGAACACUUUAGGAGGAAGGAGAGAGCAUUGGGACGUAGCCAACACACAUGCUCCAUGCGUAUCUAGUGUACGUUCCCAUGCCGUGUGAGGACUGGACGUUGAAUACUGGACAAUAUCCCUUCAAAGAGGAAACCGACCCCAGCGCCACACAAACUGCAUUUUUAAAAUAAAUAUAUUAUAUAUGUAUAUGUAUACAUUAACAGACAAUUUAAUUUGUUCUAUAUGUAUGUAUGUGUAUAUAUAUAUAUAUAUAUAUAUAUAUAUAUAUAUAUAUAUAUAUAUCUCCAUACUGUAUAUCUGCUGCUUUGGUUGUCAUGUUGUGGUCAGGUUGUCGGUUUUGACUAGGCUAGUGAACAGGUCAGGAGCAAUGUGAGUCGAAUUAGGACCUCUGAGGUUAAGGUUAUUGUUUGACUUUGGAUCAUGGCAGUGCACUUGAUUUGAGCUUUACCGACCCAUCGGACUUUGUCAGGUGUUAGAUAGAUAGAUAUAUAUAUAGAGGUGAACUGUGACAAAAACAUUUUAGCACUCAUGGCUCAUCCCAAAGAUUUGGGGAUUUUUAUUUUCAACAUUGUCUAAAAACCUAGCUUUAUUUGUCUCUUAUUUAUGACAAUGAGGAAUUAAGAUAUUUGAUGUGGGUUUUUUGUAAAAUAUAAAUGUAAGAUACUACAUGACAUGUCAAUUGAAGAGUGAGAUUCAUGCUUGAACUUGUAAAUAAGAUGACCAUUUCAGUAACUGUUUUUCUGACUGGGGUGUUUGAUUGAUUUGUUUGUUUUGGCAAUGUAAGUGUUUAAACUUUGUAAUUAAAUACACUAUUAUUUGUAUUUAUAUUUUACAAAAAAGUUCAUUUAAAUAAAUCGCAAUAAAAGUGGA